AGGGAGUUAUAAAAAACCUCCUCAAAUUGACAUAUUUUAAAAUGUUUGAUUUGAAUUAUCUGAUUGUCAAUGAUAGUGGGAGUUUUAGUUGUUUUUAAGAGAGGUUUAUAACCUCUUCCAAUAAUAUUAUAUUUUCUUCCUAAUUUUUAGGUUUCUUAUCUUUAAAAAUUUUAAACUAAUUCUUUUUCCAGAAUUCCAAAACCCAUUUCCCUCUCAAAAUCCCCAAUUAUCAAAUUUUAUUCCCUCCCAUUCCAAAACCUCAGACUAAAUCCUUUCUCCCUCUAAAAAACCCUAAAAUCACUUUCUUCCUUUCUUCAUUUUCAUUCCACCACAACAUUCAUCUCCCUUUCUUCUUUGCACGUACGUUCGUUUCGUUCUGGUUCGUUUUUUCCUUUCAUCCUCCUUACACUUUCUCUUUUCAUUGAUUUCUGCUUUCGAUUGGCCAUGGUUCAUUUUUCUCUUAGAAUCGUAGUCGCAAAACCAUAGACAGACGGAGCUGCAACGGUGGUUGCGUGGACCGGCGGACAGCGAAGUUUUCACUCGUGCUACAACCUGAGUUCUGGAUUGGCUGAAGUGAGCUAUUUUGGGAUUUUAAGAUAUCAACUGUCAUUGCUAACGUGAUCAAACUGCCAGCAAUACCCUUCUGCUCUCUCGGCAAUCCACGCUUGCUAGUUGCAAUGGCCAUGAGUACUGCCUCAGCUACUGGUUCUCACUCCCGAAAUGGAUUCCGUUUCUCGGACCAGGAAAAUGGAGACUACAAUCAACACAACUACGGUCAAGCUUUUUCAGUGGCCGGAAGUGGUGUUGCACCUUGCAGUUUGGCUGAGGCAAGGCAACCAUUGUGGCGCAAGGGCUAUGAAGAGAGAAUACGAAGAAUUCAAGGUGAAAAUUAACAUACUGGUUGCAAAGGCUCAGAAGAAACCAGAAGAAGGUUGGGUUAUGAAAGACGGUAACCCAUGGCCUGGGAGCAACAUGGAUGAUCAUCCAGGAAUGAUUCAGGUUUGCCAAUUGCAUUCUUUAUAGUUGUUUGUUGUUUUAUGUGCGUUU